UCCCUACCAUCUACCACCCACUUUAAAUACGCAACUUCAAACGCAAGACAAUCCCAAAAGGCAACAUCGUUCCUAAUAUACCUUCUAGGUCCCAUAUAUCGUAACGAUCCAUCACAGCUACCGACUUAUCAAAAUACCUAAACAAGCCGGGAAAAUGCCACUAAAAAUCAUCAUCUGCGGCAGCGGCAUCGCAGGACUCUCAGCAGCCGGGUUCCUCCGCGCCAAGCACCAAGUCACCAUCCUCGAGCGCGGCACGCUCGAUUUUACGAUAAACGACUACGGCAUCUCGAUCGUCUCCAAUUCCUUCAACCUCCUGCAAAAAGCCGGCAUCAACGCCGGGAAUCUCGACAUGGUCGUCAUGACCCACGUCUGGACGAGGACCCCUGAAAACGAAGAGCUGAAGACGACCCACUUCGACACGAGAGCGCGGUUUGGCGGCGCCCCCUCAAUCCUGGUCAAGCGGGCUAAGCUCCAGGAGGAGUUGAUGCGGUUUGCGACCAGCCACGAGUUUGACGGUGCGCCGGCUGAGAUCGUUCAGAACACGAAGGUAACGAAAGUCAAUACUGCGGCAGGGAAAGUAUGGACCAAAGAUGGGAGACUCUUCGAGGGCGACCUUAUUAUCGGUGCGGACGGUAUCCACUCGGUCGUUCGCGGCGCCAUCCUCGGGAACCAGGAAAUUUCCGCGUCCGUCAAAACCUACGAUAUGCUAGCAUUCAUGACGCAAAUAUCCGUCGAAGAUCUUCGGUUAAAUCCUGGCUUUGAUUACCUAUCUAAUCCCACCGCCGAAGCAGGCCUAGCCAGCGCGCACGCAAGCUCAGGUCCACAAGUGAACAAGCACAUCCUCGUCUACGCCACCUCUCCCUAUUCCCUGCAAAUAGUCGGGUACGCCCCCGAGAGGGAGUUCUCCGAGCGAUUUGAAUCCGCCAAAACCGCCAUCAUCAAAGAUAUUCCUUCAGAAAUAGUAGCCGAAGAGUUAGCGCCUGACUUUGGAGAAGCAUUCGUCAACCUCUUUCGACAUAACCAGAUCGACGCGUGGCGUAUCCGCGACGUAGUCGCCCUGGAUAACUGGUACACCGGCAAGGCGCUGCUAAUUGGGGAUGCCGCACACGCGGUGACUCCGCUCGCUGGGCAGGGAUCCAAUAUGGCUAUCGAAGAUGCCGAAGCGUUGGGAUAUCUUCUGAGAAUCGUGGACUCGCCUGACGCUGUCCCAGAUACCUUGCGGGAGUUUAUGUCGUUGCGUAAGGACCGCGUAGACUUCGUCAGACGCCGGUCGCAUGAGAUAGGGGGGUUCCAGACAGAAAGAGAGAAAAACGAGGAGCCGAUCACGUCGGAGGAGUUUGCGAGGAAGAUUUAUACGUAUCAGGGAGCCGAGAAAGCGUUGAGCGGGUAGAAAUACCCAGGCAUGGAAGAAACAAGGAGACGCCCAAUGUAAAAUAUUCUUACGACAAAAUGUUUAUACUUAUUAGUGAAACUUAUUCCCUCCCCCAAAGAACUCCAUAAUAACCUUUUUCCUAUGGAUGGAACCUAUACGCUU